AUGGAGCCACGGGUUAAAGAAAAGCCAGACACACAGCUUUCGAUGCUUGGUUCAGGGGAAGGCAACCACAGGUACAGAUCACAGUGUGAGCACGGGAGAGGCUGGCACCGGAGCUCUGCCUGUUUUGUGACGGUAUCUGAACGAAUGAGUGCAGGGCUGAUCCGGCAGACACAGAAGCUGAGCUCUUUACUGAGAGUCACACUCGCCCAGGUUUACCGGGCAAGUGAGGUGAAAAUACCUCGGUCAGAAAGUAAUGUCUUGGAGCUUAACUUGGCAACAAAUGGACACAUACCUACCAAGACUCUGAGAAUAACUACAAGGAAAACUUGUGGUGAAGGUUCUAAGACUUGGGACCGUUUUCAGAUGAGGAUCCACAAGCGACUCAUUGACCUGUACAGUCCCUCUGAGAUUGUCAAGCAGAACACUUCCAUCAGUAUUGAGCCAGGAGUCGAGGUUGAAGUCACCACUGCGGAUGCUUAA